AUGGAGCCGGCAGACACGGACAGCAAAGAGGAGCAAGCGCCCCAGAGGCUCACGGAGGACGCGAGGAGCCCUUGCGGCUCCCAGGUUCCCCAGGCCUCGGGCGACUCCUCGCAAGCGGCCACGUGCUCCCGCGAGCCCCCUGGGCAGCCCCUGCAGCUGCGGCCCCUGCGUGGCAGAACCUCAGGCUGUCAGAGCCCCUGCAUCCUGCCAGGAGCCUCUGCAAUCUCUGACAGCCUCCACCCCUCGCAGAGGCUCAGUGAGACCUGUCAGCCUGCAGAAGGUGCAGAGCCCGUGGACAGGUCUCCCAGCUCCCUUGGACUCGCGGACUUCAACAACACGGGCCCAAUCCUGACCAUUGACGUGGCAGGGGAAAGCCCAGAAGUCCAAAUGGGAGCCCAGCCCGAUGCAGGGGAGCCGUCUCAGGAGCAGCUGGCGGAGCAGCAAGCGUCCUGGAGCCGGCAGUGGUCAUCCCACAGCGGCCAGGACGCUGUGCCGGUUGUGCCAGCUGGCGACAGCUCGAGCCUGGUGGUGGAGACCAGCCUCCAGACACCAAGGAGGUUCCUCCAUCUCCAGGAAGCUGCCCCAAGAGAGCCCUCGACUGCCAGGAAGGGCUUUCUAAUAGCAGCUGCUCCUGGGACGCCCCUGUGUGAAGCCUCGGGCUGUAGCCCCGGCCCUCGUCAAGAGGAGAGUCCAGCCCACGACGCCGGGGACGACGACGGUGCCGCCCUGCCCCGCUGCACUGGAGCUCCUGCAGCCGCCUGUGCGCGCGGCCCUGGCCCAGCUCUGCCGCUCGCCGGCCCGUCGGCCGCCGGGCGGCAGCCACUGCCCGGCGCGCAGCAGGAAGCAGGUGAGAGCAAGGCGGCCGGCGGUGGCCCGGCCCGCUUCCCUGGCGGGCGCUUGCGGGGGGUUCCUGGGCGCAAGGCUGAUGGCUCGCUCUUGGCCGCAGGGCAAAAGAAGCAGCUGCAGGAGCUGUACCAGCUGGGCCCGCAGCUGGGCAGCGGUGGCUUCGGCACCGUUUUCUCGGGCAUCCGCCUCUCCGAUGGGAGCCCGGUGGCCAUCAAACGUGUGGCCCGGCAGAGCGUCCUGCAGUGGGUCGAGCUGCCCGACGGCACCCGCGUGCCCAUGGAGAUCGUGCUUAUGGAGAAGGUGGGCUCUGACUGCCACAACAUCAUCCAGCUCCUCGACUGGUUUGAGCUGCCUGACAGCUUUGUGCUGGUGAUGGAGCGUCCGGAGGCAUCGCAGGAUCUCCUGCAGUUCCUGCAGGAGCACGAGUUCCUGUGCGAGGAGAUGGCGCGCUGGCUUUUCUACCAGGUGCUGGAGGCCGUGCGGCACUGCACCGCCUGCGGCGUCCUGCACCGGGACAUCAAGCCAGAGAACCUCCUCGUGGUCCCGGAGAGUGGCGACCUGAAGCUCAUCGACUUCGGUUGCGGCACCUUCCUCCAGGAGCAGGUCUUCACGCGGUUUGCCGGAACGCACGCGUACAGCCCGCCCGAGUGGAUCUGCCUUGGCUGCUACCACGGCCAUGGGGCGACCGUCUGGUCCCUGGGCGUACUGCUGUACGUCAUGGUCUGCGGGAGCCUCCCCUUCAGGGACGACCAUGACAUCGUGCUGGGGCAGCUCUUCUUCUGGCAGCAGGUCUCUCCAGGUUGGUACCCGGCCUCAAGAAGGCGGGCUUUGGCAGAUGACGGCGCGCAGCCCGGCGUGGCCCUCGCGCAGCUCCGCGGGACGUCGUUCUGCCCUCAAGGGCCGGCCGCAGGAGGCGGCCCCUGCCAACGGGCUCGGCGUGGCACGGGCGGCCGAAGGAGGCGGCCGUGCCCUGCCGUGCCGCUCUCCCGCGCAGGGCAGAGUCGGUCGGGAGGCCGGCGCAGCCCUGAGCACACGCGGCGCGGCCCGGGCCCUGCAGGCGACGGGGGCAGCUGGGCAGGAGACUUCUGUCAGUGACCGGCGCUUUCUGGCUUCUCUCCCCAGAGUGCCAACAUCUGAUCCAGUGGUGUUUGGCCAAGCACCCU